GUUCGACUCUCUCGCUCACAACUUCCUGCGCAACCACCAGAUUUUAUCUCAACGUCCCUCAAAAUGGCUCAAGGAACAGUCAAAAAGCUCGGACGAGCAACCCCGGCCAAGAUCACACACUCCAAGCGCCAAGCAUCGAAAGUGCAUAAACCCAAGAAGACAAAAGCGAGCAUCGACAAGGUGCACAAGAAAUUCACAAGCGGCAUGACGGCACGCACAGAAGCGCUCCUCGGUGAGCGCGCAGGACAUCUGGAAUUGCUUGGACAGGGAAAGAAGAAGACGGAUAAAAAGACGACUCAAAAGGGCGGCUCGAAGAAAUUUGGCUAAGGAUUAUAUGAUGAUACAGAAGGCAGACGAUGAUCGAACUUUUUUAUGUCUAAACGAGUGACUGGGUUUCCCUCACAACUGCGCAUCAACGACAGCCUCUACAGACAGGUACGAUGAAAUACACGAUCUACCUCACUUAAAGGCGUUUUACGAUGGGAUACCUCCCAAGACUUUUCGAGCGUUUUACAAUUCGGAAUCCUAAAAUUCCUACCCGCCCAACUGCUCUUUGUUUUUGGAGGGUUGGAUUACGGAACCAGUCACCGUUACUUCUUUGCUGCUGCUACAAGGGCAUGCCUAGGGGAAAGGACAUAUACCAAAGUCACCUUCUACCCUUCCACGAAGAGUGGUCGAGUGGUAUCUACCUAUGAACCUAUGAACCUAAAGACCGCUCCUAAAAACCCUUCCUCCCUCGGCCACUCUUUGUUUUUGCUCGCGAGUUCGAAUCCUGCUGCCUUUCUCUAUUUUUGCUAUAGACUCAAGCCAGCAGCAAUGUUAUUUACCAAAUAUAUUUACUCCUCAGCAAAGGGCAGCCAAGCAAUAUAUCCCCCCUGUUUUUAGAAUAUAAAGACGGAGCUUGGGUUCCUCCCGAAGCACACAAUCAUCCCUCCGAUUCUGACUCUGAUGGGGAAGGCGAUGACUUGAUUGAUGUAUACGAAGUGAUCGAUCUUACAGAAGGUAUACAAGAUACCGAAGAGCUUGUGGACGAUGACGACCCAGAAGACGAAGUCACUGAUGGUGUCACAAAGUACUUGGUAACCCGGCUCCUAGCAAUCACACAAGACCCACCCAAAGACAUCACCCCUUACCUUAUGCCAGACGUUUCGCUGCCUGUCGUUGAAGCCGAUCAACAACUCUUCAAGUCGACAGUCACAUCUAUGCUGGAGAGAGCCCAGAGAUACGCUAUGAAAUAAGAGCUUACUGAUCUUUGAGUAAAAGACUUCAAAGAGCGUGCCCUUUCUGCCGUAUUCUGGAAGUUAUUUGAACGCCUCGAAAUGUCAGACAUGACAAAACUCCUUUCCGGAUCGAUUGCACCCGAAGCCAUGUCGUUACUAGGCUGCAGAGACCUUCAACCAGCUGUCGAGUAGAUGAUCAUUUUCGUCUUUGGGGUGUAUAUCUCAACAUUGUCACUGACAGUCUCGGAGAUAUUCGCGGACUCUACGUUGGGUCAAGUGUAGCAUACAGAGCAUACAUCGGGAUCACAGGCCGUGUACGCAACCACGGCCGACAGAAGACGAUGAUGCCGCAUGGGUUGAUGAACACGGCGACACUUGUGCCCUGUGCAGCGUUGACCGCAUCUACACGAACCUUAUAUAUGGGCGAGCUACUAACCGAAGAUGCCUAUCUUGCUUCUAAUAUCGACAGAAGCGUAGGCAUAAUAAGCCCCCAGAAGAAAUUACAUAAAGUAAUAAGUCUAUUUCUAUAUAAUAACUAGCCUAAGGUAAUCGAGACAUUUGUUACAAAUAUGAUUAUCCCCGAACCAAUGCAGGAUUCUAUGGCUAGAGAGAUCAGGCCAAAUGCAGAAUAUGCUACAGAAGAGCAAGAAGGGCCGGGGAGCAAGUACGUCGAAGGGCUACGGUUCAGAGAUUCAAAGUCAGUGGUUAGGUGGGUCUAAUGGACAACACCUGUAGCUUCGAAUGCAAUUUUUUGACACUCCUUAUUUCGUAUACAUUUUCUAUUAUAAUAAAGAUGAGUUUAUAAUAACUUACAGCUGAGCCAGCAGGAGUAUCAGUGUGCUCAUGUUUAUCCACACCCCACUCCUCCGCUCCGACCUGAACUCUUCACCAUCAACGCAUCAAUACGUGCGUGAUAAUUUCAAUACACAGACUUGACGACUUCUUUUUUCACACAACCCGAACCCCUUAAUAACUCUCCUUGAACCUGCUGGUGGCCAUGUGUAUCUUGUAGGCCAUGCAUAUUACAAUGCUUUGCCUUCCUUGGCGACUGUGGGAUCACCAGUCCGAAUGGUACAGUCAACUUAUGGCUGUCUAUUCAUUUCAAAACCCAGCCUCAACUGAUCAAACCCCUGUAAUCCACAAACGACCUUUCUACCUAGACCUCAGCAGUUGUUAAUGUCGAACACCUUUCCCUCGGCCACAUGAUUCAAGAUAGAAGUCACCACCCUGAAAUCUCUGGCCACAUCCACCAUCCAGUUGGACACAGCCAUUCGCACAGCCUUUUCUCCCUUCCAGCUUGUACCACUCACAUACAUCUGCCUGGUUGCGUUGAUCUUCUGAACCAGCUCAUCAUUCAAACUGGAAUUUUUAGCACGGAAAAGAACAAUCAUGAAGAUCUCGUUGAAGUUAGCACCAUCGUCGGGGAGUAGCUCGUAGUGCUCUGAGCCCCUCAAGAACGCAGCGACUUGGCGGGAUAAAGCAGUCAUAUUGGCCAGCAAAUUCGCCAUACCUGGUCGGCCUUCACUGAGGAGAACGGCAUACGCAGGAAGGGCACGAAAACGGCGUGAGUUCUCAAGGCCAACAUUCAGCGGCGAGGGGAUAGUGGACGCCCCUCCCGUGGACAGGUAUGCAGCAUUGGGAUUGGUGAAGACAGACUGAAGGAUAGCAGGUGAUCGUGUGAGGAACAUGCCACAGUCAUAGGGCUAUAUCAAGUUAGCGAUUCAAGGCCAGUAAGAGCCAAGCCGAAAGGAUAUGGAACACUCACGACAUUGAGAAGCUUGUGCCCGUCAACAGUGAUACUGU